GACAGAUGAAUGAAGACUGCCUACACUAACGCCUAUCGAUGCCUGGCCAAGGACCUGGACGCGUACGCCAUGAACCCGGACAUGACAAUGGACGGCCUCGGCAGCCUCCACGGCGGGGUGGCCCCUGACGCGGAGCUGAUGAGCGGCGGCUCUUCGGGCCUCCGGAUCCACCAGGACCUGGCGCCGCGGCCGGCCAUGGUGUCCGGGAUGAUCCUGGAGGGCAGCGGGGAGUACCGUCCGGAGCUGUCGCUGCCGCUGCACCACGCCAUGAGCGUCCCGUGCGACGCGACGUCCCCCGGGAUGAGCGGCACCUACACCACGCUGACCCCGCUCCAGCCGCUGCCGCCCAUCUCCACCGUGUCCGACAAGUUCCACCAUCACCACCACCACCACCACCACCAGCGGCUGCCCGGGAACGUCAGCGGGAGCUUCACCCUGAUGCGGGACGAGCGCGGGCUGCCGGGGAUGAACAACAUCUACAGCCCGUAUAAGGACCACAUGUCCGGGAUGGGUCAGAGCCUGUCCCCGGUGCUGGGUAACGGCCUCGGCUCCAUCCACAGCACCCAGCAGGGGCUCCACAACUACGGCUCCAGCUCGCACGCAACCCACGACAAGAUGCUGAACUUCGACCACCAGCACCGAGGGCUCGGUGGCCCGCCGGCCGGGAUGAUGCCGCACCUGAACGGGAUGCACCACCCGGGCCACCACCCCCACCCGCACCUCCAGUCGCCGUCGCACGGGCCGGUGUUGGCGUCCACGCGGGAGCGACCGCCGUCCUCCUCGGGGACGCAGGGGGGCGGCGGGUCGGGGCAGCUGGAGGAGAUCAACACCAAGGAGGUGGCGCAGAGGAUCACCGCGGAGCUGAAGAGGUACAGCAUCCCGCAGGCCAUCUUCGCCCAGCGGGUGCUGUGCCGCUCGCAGGGGACGCUGUCCGACCUGCUGCGGAACCCCAAGCCCUGGAGUAAACUAAAGUCCGGCCGGGAGACGUUCCGGAGGAUGUGGAAGUGGCUGCAGGAGCCCGAGUUCCAGCGGAUGUCGGCGCUCAGACUGGCAGCAUGCAAGCGGAAGGAGCAGGACACGGGGAAGGAUCGCAACAACACACCAAAGAAGUCGCGGCUGGUCUUCACCGACCUGCAGCGGCGCACCCUGCUGGCCAUCUUCAAGGAGAACAAGCGGCCGUCCAAAGAGAUGCAGCUCACCAUCUCGCAGCAGCUGGGCCUCGAACUCACCACAGUCAGCAACUUCUUCAUGAACGCCCGCCGCCGCAGCCUGGACAAAUGGACAGACGACGGCGCCAGCCCCGGCGGCCAGUCCUCGGCGUCCAGCACUUGUACCAAAGCAUGAUAGAAGACRGGGAGCCGGAAAAACGGAGAUACGGGGACAAACCGGGGUCAGGGGGGGUCAAGGUUUCGUCCGGUUGAAGCGAAACUUAAACUUUUUACACGAUUUUCUUUUUUUCCUUUCCUUGAGGGUACAAACAGAGAGAGGGGCUGCUCACUGCCACGACUUGUAGCCAAAUCGCCUUCUGCAAAUUUAUCGUAAACAUAAAGAAAGCUGGAGGGUAAACUCAUUAAAAACAUACAAAACCUCACUUUGGAGGGGAAAACCUUCUAAAUCUUCAACUGUCCACCGCUGAUGUCUCCUUUAGGCUGACACACUAGCCCAAAAACCAAAGACUAGAAGACAAUGUGUGUUUUCUAUUAUGCAAUAUAAGCUAGGAAACAACCAAACACGAAACCAAGGACAGCUUUAUGACUGCAGAAUGUGAGAGACGCUCUGGGACGUUUUCUCUUCUGUUCUCCUCAACGGUCCAAUCAGGAGUUGGGUUUCAGUUCAACAGUUCAAGCAAUAGACAGUUUGGGUCUGAGGGGACUUGAACUUUCACCAAACCAAAGAUAGACGAUAGUUUUCACCUUAACGACAAUUCUUCACCUCAAAAUCAGCGUUCAGAUUUGACUCUUUAAAGAAGGUGGUGCCGAAAUAUGCAAGCACAAACAUUCAUGGGACGACCMMACAACRUUCAGCUCGAGCUUCAUCAGAACCCUUAGCGUUAGGUUAGGUGGUAUAAACUACAUGUGAGUGAGCACAAUCUUGAAGCACAUUUUCUUUGCAAUAGAACCGGAGCCGACGGCCGACCCGAGUGGGCUUCGCAUCUUAGAAAACUCAGGAUGCCAUUUAUUUUCUAAACAGUGGCUGAAGUCCAUUCGGUGCGCGUCACAAACACGCCGUGAAGUCCUCAAACGCAUCCAGAGAUGGUUUCUGAAGUAAAACACAACUUUAAAGAGUCAUUUCCUAAAUGUUCCCCGUUAACUACAGGCUAACGCUAGCUUACCAUCGCAGCAUCAUUCAGGGAAGUGAUGGCAGCUCCUCCCACCAAUCACCACAGCAGAAUUAAACAUUCCCGAACCAUUUUGCUAAAGCAAAACUGAAAUUUGUGAAACAAGAUUGUCUGAGUCAUCUAACUUACUCUUAUGAACUGGUUUCCAACUGCAGAUUAGAGAUAUUUAUGUAAGAUUCUGACUGCCAUCACAAAGAAAACCAGUAAAAACACAACYAGUACGAACGGUAAACCACCUGGACCCAACGGAGGACUGACCAGCCAGGCAGAUCAGGGCCUUUGUAAUAGUUAAAGAGGACAAUCUAAAGACGAUGCCUGGCCGGUCCGUCCCUCCUGAGGGUCAGUGGAAACCAGAAAACGGCUCCCAAAGCUGCAACUAACUCAUUUAAAUGGUCGUCAGCCAUAAAUUCAGCAGAUUGGUCCAAAUACCAACAACCUCAAGAAAACCCGUUUCAGACGUCUGUCCAUCCGUCCAUCACCUCAUCAAUCAUCUUUCACUCAAGCUAUUAAACCAAAAAAUGAAACCAAACCAAAGCAAAGGCGUCAGUCAGCAGCCCCUGCUCCUUUCCAAACCCAGGCUGGAGAUUUCGGCCUGGUUAGAGGCAGCCAAAGGCUUUAAGAACAUUUUAAGAUAAAAAAAAUGGACACUUGAGACUUUUUCUAUUUAUUAACAAAUCGAAACCAAAGAA